GUUGGAAGGUAGAGAGAGGUACGGAGUAACUUAGCGCCUAAAAUGUGCUUAAUAUUUUAGACAGGAAAAAAAACCCCUUCAUCGUCUUCCUUUUCUUCUUUUACUACCAUCUCUAAUAUCUCUUCUAUCCAGGUAGUCAACUAGGGAGUACCCGGUAAAUCUACACUCUACUUACCCCAGAUACCACUCCUCCGCUCUCGUGCGUCAUGGGACAAGGUUCGGGUGUUACACCUGCGUCAAACGUGCUCGGCACCAUUGGCACGGUCCUGUGGUGUCUGCAGCUGGUGCCGCAGAUCUGGCACAACUGGAAGCGCAAGAAGACGGAUGGCUUGCCUGCUUUGAUGAUGUUUCUAUGGGCACUCUGUGCCGUUCCCAUGGGGGCAUAUCUUAUCUUGCAGGAAGUGAACAUUCCCCUACAGAUCCAGCCGCAGAUUUUCAGCACCCUUGCUCUGAUAGGCUGGGGCCAGGUUUUAUAUUACAACCAUAAUUAUACUGCCAUGAAAGCCACUUUAUGUGCCGUGGGUACGGGGUUGUUGUUUGGCGGGGCUGAGGCCCUCCUGAUCCUGACGUUGAGGAUACCGUACAACAAGGGCAUCAGAUGGCCUGACACGGUGGUCGGAGUGUUUGCUGCCAUCUUCCUCGGCGCAGGACUGCUACCGCCGUAUUUUGAAAUGUGGAAGCGAAGUGGCCGUGUCGUCGGGAUCAACUGGGUAUUCUUGUCGAUUGAUACCUCUGGCGGGCUGUUCUCGCUGUUUGCGCUCGCGGCCCAAGGUAGCUUUGAUAUCUUGGGAGGAAUUAUGUAUAUUGUUGUGAUCGUCCUCGAAGCAGGCAUCUACAUCAGUCACAUCGUCUGGCGAAUCCGCUACCGAGAAGUCCGGAAAGAAGCAAAAGCCACUGGGAAAUCGAUCGACGAGGUGCUCGGGCUGGAGACGAGUGACACCGACGUCACUGGAGAGAUUGACAAGGGGGUGGUCGCCACUUCUCGACCAGACGAUCUUGAGAGUCAGACAUAAUAGUACUCGUUUUUUGUCUGGUCAUACGGAAACCCACGAGUUACGGCUG